UUUUUUUUUUUUUUUGUUUAAAAAAGCUUGUGGCCCGCUGCGUCUAAAUUUAAAGGGCCCGCUCCCUUCCAGAAGUUAGUCUGAAGGGACACGGUGGUUGUGUGUAUGUGUGGACAGCGUUUUGUCAUGGGACCUGUGCGGUUGGAAAUACUGCUUUUCAUCCUGGUAGCGUACAGUGCGUGGACUGAGACGGCGAAAAAGGAGGACGAUGAUACAGAACGUUUGCCCAGCAAAUGCGAAGUGUGUAAGCUGCUGAGCAUGGAGCUUCAGGAAGAGCUGAGUCGCACGGGUCGAUCUCGAGAAGUGCUGGAGCUGGGGCAGGUGCUAGACACCGGCAAGAGGAAGAGACACGUGCCAUAUAGCCUUUCCGAGACAAGAUUGGAAGAGGCUUUGGAGAAUUUGUGUGAGCGGAUCCUGGACUACAGUGUUCAUGCUGAGCGCAAAGGCUCGUUGAGAUAUGCCAAGGGUCAGAGUCAGACCAUGGCAACACUGAAAGGCCUGGUACAGAAGGGAGUGAAAGUGGAUCUGGGGAUCCCUCUGGAGCUGUGGGACGAGCCCAGUGUGGAGGUCACAUUCCUCAAGAAGCAGUGUGAGACAAUGCUGGAGGAAUUUGAAGAUGUUGUGGGAGACUGGUAUUUCCACCAUCAGGAGCAGCCCCUGCAGCAUUUUCUCUGCAAAGGUCAUGUGCUUCCAGCCUCUGAAACUGCUUGUCUACAGGAAACCUGGACUGGAAAGGAGAAGAUCAGUGAUGGGCAUGAGGAGGAAGAGGAGGAGGAAGAGGAGGAGAUAACCAAGGCUUCAGACAAUUCCAAGCAUGACCCAGAGGACCUUUGAACCCCCAGGAAGGGUCAUGGGGAGUUUUCUAAACUCACUCUCCAUUCCCCAUGCCAAAGCUUGUGACCGUCCUUUCCCUAUGAUCUCAGGCAUGAUCCUGGGGACCCAGAACGGCAACAUGAGAGGAGAAAAAGGUGCAAAGAAGCUGGGACAAGUUUUGCCUUCAGAGAUGAGCCACAUGCCGCCACUCAAUUGACCAAAUGUGUGUGGUGACAGUGUUGAAGCUUUCUCUAUAUUUUUUGGUCCUCACCUGCACCAAUUGGUCAGUGAUGGUAUGAGCUGUGAGAAAGUCUCCUUACUUUUUGAAGGGGGUCUAUUUUGACCUGUUCAAGAGGCCAGAGGAGGGAUACAGAUGUAGGUCAGUUGGUAGAAUGUCUACCUAGCAUGGACAAGGAUGUGAAUUGGAUCACAUAAAACCUGAUGGUGGCAAACCCCUAUAAUCUCAGCACUUGAGAAUUGGAGGCAAGAAUAUCAGAAGUUCAAAGCCGUCAUCUAGCUACAUGGCAGUUCAAGAUCAACCAGAGCUACACAAGACCCUUUCUCAAAAUAAGAAGCCAAAAAGGGAAGCCAAACAUGAGACUGUAUGUCAUCAGUCUGUGAACAGGGCACUGGAAGCAAUGCCAAUAGGUUAGGUGGGGUAGAUAUAUGAUCUAUUUCAUAUUUUACAAGUACCAUAUUUUCUAUAUCGCGAUUAAACCUUUUCUGUAUGA